AUGCCUAACAAGAAGCCACUUUGGGAGCAGUGGGGUUUCGAAUCCUUUGAACAACUAUGUGAAUUCCAUGAAUGGGCGAUGGAGAGGCGACGGGCCGCAAGGUCCCUCCCGACGGGCGAGGGGGCGGAACAUCACCAUGCGGAGCGCUCGUCCAAGAAGGAGGAGGGAGCAACCGGGCUCGAGCCCAAGAAGGAGGAGGGAGCAGCCGAGCUCGAGCCCAAGAAGGAGGAGGGAGCAGCCGAGCCCAAGAAGGCUCGCAAAUUCAAUGAUCACGACAGCAACAAGAGUGCUGAGUCUGGAAGAAACGAGGAGACAUCCAAACGAAGAUGUCGCGGACUGGACGCAGCUGACAACAUGAACACCGACUCAACGACAACCGAAUAA